AUGGAUUCUGUCUUUCUGCCUUACAAUUUAUCCAAUAGCUCAGAAGACGAGCUCAAUGCCUACCUUUCCGACCUGCUCAGCCAGCAGUCCUCUGCCUCCUUUGCCUCCGCCCCGUAUACGAACUACAGGGGUAACGAAUUUGGGGGCCUCACAAGCGUGGAAACCAGCUUUGGGAGCAACAUCUGUGACGACCUCCCGACUGAUAUUACGUGGGAUGACUAUCUCCUUUUAACAGAAGGUCUGCUGGAGGGUACUCCCAGCUUUGAUACGCCUGCCGCAAUCGCGCCAAGCGUUUCCAAUAUCAAUGCCUCUGGUGACCCCUCGACGUUGAAUCUUGCUGCAGGAAACACGGGCAUUAGCGUGUCUGAUGCCCCUCCGAAGUUCAAUCCCGACGCUGGAAGCGCUCCCGUCAACCUGCCAAUCGGCUUGCCGACGUUCUUCGGCGCAGAAAGUGCGGCCAUCGACAUGCCAAUCGGCCUCCCAACGUGGAAUCCUGCUGCAGGAAGCACAAACGUCAACAUGCCGGUCGGCCUCCAGAUGUUCGAUCUUUCUGCCGAAAUCACAGGCACUGACAUGCCAGUCGGCUCCCAGACCACAAUCGAACAUCCAUCCUACUUAGGAUGUGGUAACGGGGGUUUCCCCAAUGGCACAAACGCUGGGGAUUCUACGGUUCACGGUGUUUGUGUUGGCAUAAACCAGCAGGUACACCAACCUAUCAACGGUGUACAUGUACCCUUGGCAUUGCCAAAUACCUCUUUGAAGAUGUCUUCGAAUACAUCUUCCGAAACUGAGUCACCACUGAAGAGGGCCAAUGAACCGUCAGCACGGCAUACGACGCCACAACGGCGACGGUGUGAGCGUGCACCAUCUCCGGUAGUAUUGCCAAUUUCGCAUUCGAAUAGCUCUUCGAAUACGUCUUCCGAGACCCAGUCGCCGCCUAAGAGAAGCCGGCCCAGCUCACCGUCAGCCCGGCCGCCGGCCAAACGGCCAAGGUUCUCGCGGGCCGAGUCUACCAUCCACUUCGUCCACGACGAGCGGUCCAUGCCUGCGAACUUCCGGGCGAACCCCGACAACCAUGGCCGCUUCCAAUAUACGGCUAGUGGAAGCCGGAAGUAUUUGAACGGACCAAGCGCGGUGCAGGAAUGA